CUCGUAUCUUCCCGCCUUCCUUUUCCGGAAGUGAUGUCACCUCCGCCGCCGCUCUACCCGGAAGUGCCGCCGCAGCCCCGCCAUGUCGCGCGCCACCAAGCGGAAGCACGUGGUGCGGGAGCUGCUGGAGGAGCGCGUGCAGCCCGCGGAGGGACAGAGCGUGGUCAGGGUGUUGGGGACACCGGGGAACAACCUGCACGAGGUGGAGACGGCGGAGGGGACGCGGUUCCUGGCCAGCAUGCCCCCGAGGUUCAGGAAGCACAUCUGGAUCAAGAGAGGUGAUUUCCUGUUGGUCGAUCCCAUCCUGGAGGGCUCCAAGGUCAAGGCCGAGAUUUCCCUGGUGCUGCUCCCGCCCCACGUGCGCUCGCUGCAGCGCCAGGGGCUCUGGCCCGAGGCCUUCGCGCCCCUGGAGAGGAAAAACGCCCGGGAGGG